UCAUAUUCAGCAUGUUUUGCACAAGAAAUGUCAGCCAGAAAGGGCUAUCGGCUCCCUUCGCCAAAUUAUUCCACAACAAUGUCAUGCUCAGAGAGCCCGGCUGCAAACUCUUUUUUGGUAGACUCCUUGAUCAGCUCAGGCAGAGGGGAAGGAGGAGGAGGAGGCGGAGGAGGAGGAGGCGGCGGCUACUAUCCCAACAGUAGUGUCUUUUUGCCACAGGCGGCCGAUUUGUCCUAUGGGUUGCAAAGCUGCGGACUUUUCCCAGUUUUGAGCAAACGCAAUGAAGGUGCUGCUCAAAACAUGGUCCCCACUUCUCAUGCUUACAUGUCAGGGAUGGAGGUCUGGCUAGAGCCCCCAAGAUCCUGUCGCCUGGAAGAGCCUGAAACCCAGCAGGCUACCUCCUGCUCUUUCUCUCAAAACAUUAAAGAGGAGAACUCCUACUGCCUCUAUGAUUCAGACAAAUGUCCUAAAGGUGCAGCUGCCACAGACCUAUCUACUUUUCCAAGGCUAAACGCUGAGGUCUGUCCCAUGAACAACGCUAGUGGGGUGCCUGUCCCAGGCUACUUCCGCUUGUCUCAAGCUUAUGGCACUUCCAAGAGCUACAAUGCUGGGCAAGUUGUUGCUUCCCAGUUCACACCGCAGCCCCAAGUUCGUUUUGACGCGGCUCCAUCUUUGCCUUCAGUCCCAACAGAAGCGGGGAGGACAGAGACCGAGGAGGCUUCCCCCAACACCUUGGCUUGCGUCUCCCAAAGGGAGGAAGACGCUCAGGCUUCGUCUUCGACCGCAGAAGAACUCUCCCCAGCUCCGUCAGAAAGCAGCAAACACUCUCCUGAGAAAGAACCCAUAGGCAAUUCAAAAGGAGAAAAUGCAGCAAACUGGCUAACCGCAAAAAGUGGCAGAAAGAAACGAUGCCCCUAUACCAAGCACCAAACUCUCGAGCUGGAAAAGGAGUUUCUAUUCAAUAUGUACCUGACUCGUGAGCGUCGCCUAGAGAUCAGCCGCACAGUCCACCUAACAGACAGACAAGUUAAAAUCUGGUUUCAGAACCGCAGAAUGAAACUGAAGAAAAUGAACAGAGAGAAUAGAAUUCGGGAGCUCACAGCCAACUUUAAUUUUUCUUGA